GCAGUAUGCCAGUAUGUGAUAAUUGAGAGUAAAGGAAUCUCCUUCACAAAUCCUUUCAAGUUUCAACCAAAAUGAUUCAAAUCCCAAUAAUGAACAAGAAAAUUGUCUCUGUCGGAUUGUUUUUUUGACCUGUUGUGUAUCUUUCUGCAAGAUCCUCUUGCUGUAAUCCCUUUCCUCUCUUACCUUUUCAUCUUUCUCUCCACUUCACUGUAAAAAUUGUGUGAGAUGUAUCUGUGAGAGGUUUCAACAUUUCCUUGCUUGCUGGACUUUACUGGGUAUUUAUUAUCUCUAACGACUCACUUGCCUGUAUUUACAUUUGUGGGUAUUUCUUUGGCUAAAGCAGCCAUUGAAGAAAAGCUUCCCUCUCAUCAAGUACUGAAACAGAAAAGUUUCAAUCUUGCAGGUGUUGAAUCGCAGAAAGAGCCAUUGAAACUGAAGUUUCUCUGUUCAGUAGCUAAAACCCAUGAUGAAGUAAGAAGAAAGUUACAGUCUUGUUCAUUCUCCAGUAAACUACAUUGCUUCACCCAAAAUGAAGAACCAUUGAAGAAAAGCUUCUCUCUUCAGUUAUGGCAGUAAACCAAUGAAGAAGUAGAAGAUAAAGUUGUACUCUUUUUCCCAACUUAAGCUCGGAAAACACAAAAUGCCAACCACCGCCGUUUCUGUGCUCCUCCUCCUCCUAGCAUUCCUCUCCACCACCAUCACCACCACAGGAUCCCGCCACCGCCACCUCCUCCACCAGCCCUUUUUUCCCGUUAUCACCGAACCUCCACCCCAGCCUACCUCUCCCUCUCCAUCUCCACAACCUCAAAUCAACAAAAGCCAGCCUAAGUACCCCUUCUCCACAACUCCCUCCACCCAACAAAAGCCUUUCUUCCCCUCCUACUCCUCUUCUCCUCCGCCUCCUUCCCCUGCUAUCCUCAACACCUUCCCGGCCAACAUCUCCUCCAUACUCUUCCCUCACCGCCAAAACUCCUCCACACACCGUCCCCUCAUCAUCACCAUCUCUGUCUCUCUCUCCCUUUUGUUCGUUGCUGUCCUUGCCGCCAUUUCUGCCUUCGUCAUCUACUUCCGUCCCCACCACCAUAGCACCACCAAGAAGCCACCGCGUUCUGACAGCCUCCGUCUCUUCCCACCAAACACCACCCCUUCUGACGCCUCUCAGAAAACUCACCACGACAACGACCAACGUCGAACACCAAACACAAGUACCGAAUUUCUCUAUCUUGGCACUCUGGUGAAUUCACGAGGAGCUAACAACAGCGAAAUUGCCUCAAACUCUGCUGGCAUCAAGUCAGGGGUAACAUCCUCCCCGCCGUACCAGAGACUGGGUUCGCCGGAACUGAAACCGUUACCUCCCUUGCCGCGACUCAAUUACUUGCAUAGCUUCACUAGCGGCGAAGUUGAAGGUGAUAGCGAUGGAGAGGAAGAGUUCUUCUCCCCGAGAGGGUCUUCAGGUCGAAAGGAGAGUCUCAAUUUAAGUCCAAUUCGUCAAGGUUCUACUUUGAGGACAGAGGAUCAAGUUCCACAAGGAGAGAGUUCUAAGUUCGGUUCGAGAAGCUUCAAUUCCAGAACGGCGUCGUGUCCGUACUCGAACCCCUAUUCAAAUUCCGUCUCCACUAGUCCCUCUCCGGCGUCAAAUGUGAGUCCUGGAAGAUUGAUACAGCCGGAUUCCGUCAUUGAUUCCUCGGUCCCUCCGCAGGCUGUAAAUCUCUCACCAGCAUCGAUUUCUUCGUCAUCUUUGCCGUCUGGGAGAGAUUUCGGGAAUGCCCCGAUAUCGCAAGAAAGAAAUGGGCCUGCCCCAACAAGAGAACCGCCACCACCUCCCCCUCUUCCACCUCUGCGAUUUUGGGAGGUCCCAGUUGACACCAGGCCGCCGGCACUUUUGACGCCGUCAAGGCAUGUUGUGUUCCAAAAUGUAUCAUCACCGGUUUUGGCUAAUGAACAAUUGCAGACAGUGACGGAGAAUGUUGGGAGUAACAGUGAGGAGACAACACCAAAGCUGAAACUGAAACCAUUGCAUUGGGAUAAAGUCAGAGCUAGCUCAGACCGAGUAAUGGUGUGGGAUCAGAUCAAAUCCAGCUCUUUCAAAUUGAAUGAGGAAAUGAUUGAGACUCUGUUUGUGGUGAAUAAUUCGGGUUUGGGUUCAAAAGAAGGGAACCUUAGGCGGCAAGUCCUUCCAACGCAUAGCCAGGAAAAUAGGGUGCUUGAUCCUAAGAAGUCACAGAACAUUGCCAUUUUGUUGAGGGCACUCAAUGUGACCAUUGAUGAAGUCUGUGAGGGACUCUUGGAAGGCAAUUCAGAUACCAUAGGGACGGAGCUUCUUGAGAGUUUGUUGAAGAUGGCUCCGACCAAAGAAGAAGAACGCAAACUAAAAGAGUACAAAGACAAUUCACCAUUUAAGCUAGGCCCCGCUGAGAAAUUUCUUAGGGAAGUUCUUGACGUACCUUUUGCAUUCAAGAGGGUUGAGGCAAUGCUUUACAUCGCAAACUUCGAUUCAGAAGUUGAAUACCUCAGAAGGUCCUUUGAAACACUGCAGCAAGCUUGUGCAGAGUUGAGGAAUAGCAGAAUGUUUUUGAAGCUAUUAGAAACAGUGCUGAAAACGGGAAACCGCAUGAACGUUGGCACUAACCGCGGCGAUGCCCAUGCCUUCAAGCUUGACACGCUUCUCAAGCUUGUCGAUAUUAAGGGCACUGAUGGGAAAACCACUCUCUUGCAUUUUGUGGUACAGGAAAUCAUCCGAGUUGAAGGUUAUCGCAUUUCUGGUGCCAAUUCAAAUCAAACUGAUGAGAAAACUCAGCAAUCUGCAUUUCAAGAUGAGGUUGAAUUUAGGAAGCUUGGUUUGCAAGUUGUUUCAGGUCUGAGUGGGGAGCUCACCAAUGUAAAGAAAGCUGCAACAAUGGAUUCCGAUGUACUUAGCAAUGAAGUUGAGAAACUUGCUUCAGGAAUUUCAAAGAUCAGUGAAGUUGUAAAAUUGAAUGAAGAAAUAGUGUUGAAAGACAAGAGCAGGAAAUUCUGUGAGUCAAUGACUGGGUUCCUGAAGAAGGCAGAGGAAGAAAUCUUAAAAAUCCAAGCUCACGAAAGAGAAGCCUUGGCGCUUGUUAAGGAAAUAACUGAGUGCUUUCAUGGGAACUUAGCAAAGGGAGAAGCUCAUCAAUUCCGAAUAUUCAUGGUGGUGAGGGAUUUCCUUUCUAUUCUUGAUCAGGUAUGCAAAGAAGUUGGGAAGAUCAAUGAGAGAAAUGUAUACAGUUCAUUCCGUCAAAUUCCAGUUACUUCAAUCCUUCCACCAAUUUUCCCUGGAAUCAGUGGGAAGCAGCAACAUGGUUCAUCUGAUGAUGGACGCUCAUCCUCAUUUUAGACUGUUCCUGUGGUUGCUACGUUGCGCAACUUACCAAGAUCCAAUUGGAGAGUAGAUGGGAAACUAAGAGGGAAGUUGUGGGUGGAUCUCACUGAUAUGAAGUCCAUCAUCCAUUUUUAUAUGUCAGGCUCCAAUUUGUACUUUUAUAUAAUAUGUCGUCCAUAUACAAGUUUUUGGAAUUUGCAGUUGUGU